GUGUUUAUAUCAUCCUAUUUGUACUUUGUACUUACUGACUACAAGUGAUUAGUAAUAGUAAUAAAUAAGUAAAAUUCAGAAAAAAAAAAGUAAAAUUCAGGACCUUGGUUACUCCCACAGAAAAGCACCUGUCAGGCAAUCGUGGUGAUCAUUUACUUUGUAGAAAUUAUGGUCCAGGAGUCCUCGCCAAAACGAUACAAGCAUAUACAGAAGAAGUACAGAAUUCUAUUUAUAUUGCUAGAAUAUUGAAGGAUGCGCAUCGACAGUGUUUUGCAGUUAGCAGUGAGUCGCUUCUAUAAAGUUCUCCCUCAUUGGGAACACGCAGGGGUCUUGUGGUGCUGGUGGAUUGUAAGAAAGUGUAUAUUUUACGGAACCUGUAUCUAUAUUGCGGAAACUGUACUGGGUCAGCGGAGGAGGCCUUAUGGUUCAAGCCCUUUGCGAGAGUUGGGGUAUUAUCGGUGGCUUCCGAAAAACACCGUAAAGGAAAUUGACGAAGAAACAAGACUAUUUUUGAAACAUCUCGGCUACAACAUUCCACUUCGAACUCAAGUUCGAAAAGGAAGCACUGGGAACAACGUCAACAAAGCUACUCAGUUUUAUGCCGAUGUUCCAUUCCAACCUCCACUCACCCCAAUUGUCGACGAUGAUCCCAUGGCUCCCGUUGAGGGUGAAACCUUUCCCUUAGGUUUCUAUGUGGUAAGAAAAACCCUUCGAAUACUUGGAUACUUCCCGGCCAAGUAUUGCAUUAAAAUCUGGAGAUCAUGUGAAGUAGUCAACUUGAAAGAAGGGGAAUUGGCCUGUGAUUUUGGUGAAGUGGACAAUUAUUUCCUCGUCGUCCUUUCUGGAUCGCUUACCGUCUCAAUCCAAGAUGAAGAAUUUGGACAUGUUCAGAUCAAUACGGUCACAGAAAAUCAACAUGUUCUCUCCAUGUUUGUUAUCACCAACUACGUCUUGGGAGUUCGUGUGGACCCGAAACCUGUGCAAGUUUGUGCAGACGAGGACAGCGUAGUGGUCAAAAUCUCUCAUGAAGCAAUCAAGCGCUAUUUCUGGGAAGAUGCUCCUCAUGACUUGAUCCCAUUUGCGCGUCGGAUGCUCACAAAGAUUCGAGGUUUGUACUUUGAAGGGGUUGCUGAAGUCGCGGGGCUCAACAAGCAAAUCAUGGUUGGUUCAUUGGGUGUCUCCCAAUACGAGCCGUUCGACGAUGCCAUGGGGGAUGCAAAAAAUGUUUCAAGAAUGAUUCAGGAAGCGAGGGAAGGGUUAUCAAAGUACGGAUUGGUCUUGGCGGACGAAGACAUUCCACAUUGCAACAUUGGAGCCGUAGAAUCCGGGUGUACCAUUACAACGGUGGGAGUUAGGCUCAAUAGCCUCAUCUACGUUUACAAGGGGGAAAUGGCCAUGAUAAACUACAGCACGCUUGAAAGUAGAUCCACAACUGUGAGCAAAGAGUUGGACAAGGAGCGAAAUAAAAAGUUUAUCAAGUUUGAGGAUCACUUCUCACCACUUUUCUUCCUCUCCGAGGGAUCCGUCCUGGGGGCAUGGGGCUUAAUCACUAAUUCCAGUAAUUAUUAUUCAGCAAUGGUCCCAAAAGGUCAAAAGGCCAUAGUAUUUGAAGUGCCGGGCCGAAUUGUGAAGAAACAUUGGAAUAAAGAUCCAUUAACCAUGAUGCCUCUGCUAAGAAGUAUGCUGAAGCGAUGGUCCAACUUUGCAAAGAAAAUUGAUUAUUGUCUGCAAUGGUCAUUUAUUGCACCAGGAAAAAUUGUGUAUCGCAAAGGGGAUGCAAAAAUUUCAACAUUUUUAGUGCUGAGUGGAAGACUACGGUACAAGGUUCACGGGCAUUAUAUGUACGAAAAGAGAACGGAACUGGAAGCAAGAAGUAAGUUUGGACACUACGAGGCUGGCGACUGGUUCGGCUUCGUGGAGUGUGCAAUAAACAGCGUGGAGAUGCAAAAGACGGUGAUCGCUGACAGAUAUUCCGAAAUCGUCACGCUGCCUUCCGAUCUGAUCACGCUGUUGUAUCAGCGAUUCCCGGGCGUCAUUGCUACGAUGACCAACUACUUGUCCAUCAGAAUUCAUAAGGAUUACCACUACGACGAGAUUAAUCCUCCGAAGGAGCGAUAUGGUCUCGACACUUUCACCUGCCCCAAAUACGCGCUUGAAAGGAAACCUCCCUGCUCAAUCCUGGCUGUCUUUCCCCUACGAAACGACAUCCCAGGAGAAUUUUACUGUCACGAGAUAUGUCGACACUAUAGCCAACCUGCGAAAUUUGUGACAUACGAUUGCUUCAGAGAAAAGUUUGGAACUGACCCAGGCCAAGAAAAUGUGAACAAGUUGACAGAAUGGAUUACCUACUUGGAAUUCAAAUUUGAGCUGGACAAUCUCGGAAUAAUCGUCAUGCUAGGGAAUGCAGACGAAGUGGAUCUUUGGAACACCUUCCUCGCUCGAGAAGCUGACUUUAUUCAACUUUUGGGGACAAACGAAUGCCCAAUCAAACCCACAAGGCUGGAGAAAAUGGUCGAAGUGGAAGGGUGGAAGGCUAUUCGAAGUUUCGUAAUGUUGCAUCCAUCCCAAUUCGAGUUGUACCCGAAACACCCAGAGUCCACCCCCAGGUUGAGCUGCCCCUUGCCGUAUGCAUCCUGUUUGUGGCUGAAUCGGCGACCCUGGUUAGAUAUGCAUCACCAUGUGAGAUUCCCCAUAUGCGCCUUCCAAUUCAUGAAGAGCUUGAAAAAAUGCUACUUUGACGAGUUUGAAGAUUACAAACAAAAGAUUGGAGUCGAUAAAUACAGUGACGUGGCAAGAGUUGGUCGUUGGUUGUCGAAUUCCAUGGUGGGGAUUGUUCUUGGGGGUGGGGGAGCUAAGGGAGCGGCUCAUCUUGGAAUUCUAGAAUUUAUCAUGCAGUUGGACCUCCCCAUCGACUAUAUUUGUGGGGUGAGCAUCGGUGCCUUUGUCGGAGGUGUUUGGGCGCUUCAUCAGGAUUUGGAUAAGGUAGAAGACCGUGUUCGAAAAUUGCUCAAGGAGCUUGAAACCCCGUCCAGAUACUCCAGCGACAUGACCGUUCCCUACUCAUCCAUGUACACCGGUCAGUGCUUCGACGAGUUUGUCCAAAGUACUUUUAACGACGUGAGGAUGGAAGAUUUGUGGGUCCCUUUUUUCCCUGUGACUACGGAUAUUUCGGGGCUUCACUCUCGAGCUCAUAAGCAUGGACAAAUGUGGUUCUAUGUCAGGGCUUCAAUGACUCUCACUAUGGUCUUUCCUCCAUUGAUCAAUCCCCGAGAUGACCACCUGAUAAUGGACGGAGGCUAUUCUGAGAUUCUCCCUGGUCUUAAAAAGCAAACAAUUAAAAAGCAACAUUUUAUAUACAACCAAAAUGCGAAAUGUAUGCCAACUAAUAUACAUGUUUUAACUAAAGUUAAUUGUUUACAUAACCUGUGUUAUCUGUGUCCCUCAGUGGCCAGCGAUAUUGGCGAUCAGAAUGGAAUUCCGCUAUUUAACAUUGGGUACGAAUGUUCCGGAAUCAAAUGCAUUUGGCAGAAUUCAAUGCCCACAAACCACUGGCCGAAGGUCCCAUCAAAGAUGGCCUUUUGGGAGCAACUCAACUACAUUGCAGCCAGAAAAUAUGUGCACCUGCUCACCAGGAAGGAUAAGAGGUUGGUCUACAUCCGACCGGCAAUCGAGUUUUACAAUGGGCGGGAUUUCGAAAAAACCGAAGAAAUUAAAAUGAUGUCCUUCUACACGACCAAGAAGCGUUUCGGUGCGGUGAGGGCAGGUCUUCCGCCCAAUAUGAUGUGGGCCUGUCUCAAUGCAAGGCUGCGAGACUACGACGGGACCUCGUCGGAUGAAAACAACUUAAUUUAUCAGGCGCAAACGUACAAUUUCGUUCCAGACUCGGAUGGGUCAAUGAUUUCGCCAACGGCGAGUGACAGAAGUGAGCAAUGAAAUCUUGUGCAACAAGACUAGUCUUCAUUUGAUUUCUUAUGCACUGGUAAAUUAUACAAUGUGUAUGUAUUAUAAAUGUAAUUUAGAAAGUUCAAGUUCACACAAUAAACCGUGUCAUUUA